AUUCUGGGGAUUUUUGGUCUGAAACUAAUAAAGUGGAUGGAAGUUUAUUAUUAACGAAGUAAUAUAAGUGGCAGAGAAGCGCUAAUGCAAAUCAAUUGAAAAGGGAGAAAGAAUGCUGUGCAUGAACGCAGUCUUACUGACUACUUAUCCUCCGAAGCUCAGACUAUGGAAUUCAGAGUUAUCAAUCCCAGAACGACGAACCCCUUUCCAUAAUAACUCUUACUCAGAAGAUAAUCAUGGCGAAGUCUCAGUGGGUUCGAAUAGUCCUUUGCCUUCUCAUGUCAAAUCCAUUACGAGCACGUCAAACCCAUUUGUGAAGCACUGUCUCAAGCUCCGCCACAGCUCCUCUUAUCGACAUACUCAUGGCUCUGUUCUCGUCGUUGGUGCCACACCUAUCAGGGAGAUAUAUGAAUUUCAAGAAUCAUUACAAGAGAAAACUGUCAAAAUGGAUUGUUUGCUAGUACUCGAUAAAGCUGAAAUACCUGAAGAGAUAGGUGGUUUUUCUGGUCGUAUCGUGCGUGUGAGCUCUGCAGUGAUGAAAAAGCUUUCUGGGUUGCAAUCAACUGAAUCUAUAGAAGCAAUUGGUCUCAUGAGCAUUCCUACUAGUUUUUUAAACUUAGAUGAUCAGCAACAAGAAGCAGGUUGUGAAAGAUGGUUCCCCGUUGCACAUAGGAUUCUGGUCCUCGACGGCAUCCAGGAUCCUGGAAACCUUGGUACGUUAGUCAGAUCAGCCAUGGCCUUUAGAUGGGGUGGAAUUUUUCUACUUCCUGGCUGUUGUGAUCCAUUUAACGAGAAAGCAAUCCGUGCAAGCCGAGGUGCCUCAUUUCAGCUGCCUAUAGUUUGUGGCAGUUGGUUCCAUCUUGAAUCCCACAUAAGUGAAUUUCAAGCGAAAAUGCUAGCUGCGCAUCCAGAUAGCCAUGAUGAAAUGAAACCAGUCAUUCAACUUUCUCAAAAACUUGCUGAUUCUUAUACAAAUCUUCGAUUGUGCUUGGUUUUGGGUAGUGAAGGGAGUGGCCUAUCAGAGAAAUCUCGACAGGAAUGUGAGCUUGUGAGCAUUCCAAUGGCUGGACAGUUUGAGUCUCUCAAUGUUUCAGUUGCUGGUGGCAUUUUACUGUACAUGCUGCAGCCUAGAAAUUAAAUGUUGGUCUCAAUCUACCUUUGAAAAUGACACUGGUCUAAUAUUCUACAAAUCUCAAUCAGCAUUGGCAUAAUCUCAAGAUGAGGUGUCUUGGUUGUAUUUUUAGUGUACAUAAAACAGAAAUGUAUUUUGCUUUAGGUAUGUAGGACAUUACGGUUUCUUGGUUUUAAAGAUAGCACAGGAUCCUUUUCUUGUAAAUUGGCAUGUAAAAGUCUCAAGAAAUAUAAACAAAUUCAGAAGAAAGGAAGGAGUAUAGUUUCAAGACA